UUCGCGCGUGCCUAUCGCUGCUGCGCGCGCUACCCUCCCAUUCCAGCUUUCCUCCCUCGACUCCCGCCCAAACCCUCCUCUCUUCCCUGUAUAAACACCCUCAAACCAAAGCUAAUUACUUCUACACUCCUCGAAGGCUUGUAAGCUGUCUGGAGAGGUCGAGCUCUCCCUUAAAUCGCUCCAUCUCAUUAUAGGGUUAGGGUUUCAGAUCUUCAUCUCAGAGAGUGAGAGAGAGAGAGAGGUAUAAGAUUUUCUUCUCCGAUGGCGGAAUCUAUCGAAGUCAGAGAAAACGCCAUCGAAUUAGACGAAGAAACCGAAGGCAACAGUGUUGGCUCCAGCGAUUUCAUCUUCCGGAAGAUCGGGGAACCUGUUCCUUUGAAGCCCACCAAUUCUGAAUUCGACCUCGAAAAUGCUCCGGUGCAGGCGCUGGCGGUCUCCGAACAGUCCCGUCUUGUAUUUCUCGCGCAUACAGAAGGGUUUUGUGUUGUGAGGACGAAAGACGUCAUUGAAUUGGCCAAAGAGAUUAAAGAAAAAGGAAAGGGUUCAUGUAGCAUUCAGGAAUUGAGUAUUGUGGACAUUCAGAUUGGUAGAGUUUCCAUUCUAGCACUGUCAACAGACUCAUCAACACUUGCUGCCUGUGUUGGUGGAGAAAUUCUGUUCUUCUCUGUUACUUCGCUGCUCAACAAGGAGAAAGGGCCAUCUUUUUCAUGUUCGCUCGGUGAAUCUGGCAAUGUUAAGGACUUAAGAUGGAGCAAAAAUGUGAAGAAUUCUUUUGUUGUUCUUUCAAGCGAUGGCAUGCUAUAUCAUGGAGAUCUAGGUGGCCUUCUGAAGGAUGUAAUGGACACUGUUGAUGCCAUUGAUUGGAGUGUGAAUGGAGAUUAUAUUGCUGUGGCAACAAGAGGGAAUACUUUAAGAAUCUUGUCGUCUGAAUUCAAGGAACAAUUUCAUAUGUCACUCUUGUUUAAAUCAUGGGCCGAUGAUCCUGAUGAAAUAAAAGUGGAUUCUAUCAAUUGGGUGCGUUCUGACAGCAUCACCAUAGGAUGCUUUAAAUUAACUGAGGAUGGCAAUGAGAAUGGUUAUCUGCUUCAAGUGAUCACCAACAAUGAUGGAAAAAUUACUGAGGCUUCCAAGCCGGCGGUGCUUUCCUUCAGUGAAUUAUUUGCAUGUAUUGUUGAUGAUAUAGUACCCUUGGGACGUGGACCAUAUUUGUAUGCGAACUACUUGGAGCACUGGAGCGUGUUCACUCCCAACAUCAAUUGUUCAAAUGGCAUAUCACUUCCAUUGAAUUGGGAGCUCAUGCUUGCAGCCAAUAGGAAGAGUACAGACCAACAUAUUGUUCUGUUAGGGUGGUCAGGUGGUGACAAGCGAGGAGAAGCAGUGGCUGUUGAGUUUAAACAUGAUAAAGAAGUCCCAAGGAUUGAACUUCCAGAGAGUGGGGAUGAUAAUUUGAUCGUGGGAUUUGGCAUCGACAAAGUUUCCUUAUAUGAAAAAGUUAAAUAUGUGCGUGAUGCAGAACAUAGAGAACUUUCACCAUACUGUAUUUUACUAUGCCUUACUACUGACGGGAAGCUUAUCAUGUUCCAUGUCGCAAGGAUUUCGGAUAUGGCGGUUCUGCCUCAGACUCCCUCUGCACCUUGUAGUGAUAUUACUGGUGGGGCGGAGGAUUCUGCUUGUGUAGUGAGAAUGGGAUCAGUGAUAAAAGAUCAUGGAACAGAUGCAGUAGUUAUGGAUGGCAAGUCAAGCCAAAUGAAUAAAAGUGAUGUCAUUCUGCAGGAAAAUGCUUCACAAUUUAUUCAACAGAAAGAGUCUUUAAGGUCAUCCUCUGUUGUUGAUCAAAUGUCUGCUGUAAAAAGAAGUGAGAGCGUCACCACGUCUGGGUCUGCCUCUCAUGAUUCAUCAUCAGUUGCUGCAAAUAAGGAACUGAAGAGUCUCGGGAAUAUCCAGGCAUCUGAAGUAGAUGCACAACUCAACGGCCAUCCUGCAAGACAAAAGCAAGACAGUGCUACUGCUGGUGUGAAUGUAGGGCUUUCCGGCCAAGAAAUCUCAAAUUUAGAGCAACCACCUGUGAAGUCACCACUUUUAGAGGGAUUUAGUCCAGCAAUUAAAGAUUCCACCAAGACAGGAACACAAAAACUUGAUUCAACUCCAAUAAGAACUGGCAUGACCGCUAGUUCUCUGGCAGGAAACUUACCAAGUGACACAUCUGCCACCUGGCAACAAAGCUACAAGGGAUCUCUUAAAAGUAGUGAGGUGGGCAAGGGUUUGACAGAAAUGACUGGAUCUACUGGCGUCAGGAGUAUUUCGUCUGGAUCCCAGUCCAGUGGAAAACUCUCCAAUUCAAAUGACCUCAACACAAGGUCUUCGUCUGUUGCCUCUGGUGUCUCAACUCAAAGUGACGCGAAUAAAGGUUUUGGUAUUUGGACAGGAAAUAACAAACAUAUUCCUGCCAAUCAGAGUUUUCCAUCUAUUGUUCAGCCGAGCGCAAAAAUUGUUAGCUCAAAGUCCUCUGAGACAACUCCAUCGUCUUCCAUAUUUUCUUCUGGUAAAGCCACUCAAAGUGAAGGGCGGAGAACAGCUUGGACUGGGGCAGGAAAUGCUGAGUCUACAACUCUCAUUCAUAGCUUUCCAAGCUCGUCACAAGAAGAUUCUAUGCUUGGGAAGUCUCUUGGCUCUAAAGGGAACCAUAUGCUCACCUACCAGAGAACGAACCGGUCUCCAGGUGCAUUGGACUCGGAACAGGAGUUAUCAAAGAGUUAUAUCAAUGUGAUCGAGAUGACAAAGGAACUGGAUUUUCUUCUAUCGGACAUUGAAAAAGAGGGUGGUUUCAGGGAUGCAUGCACUGUCUUCCAGAAAAGAUCAGUUUUAGAACUGGAGGAGGGUUUAGAGAGCCUUUCAGAGAGAUGUAGAGUGUGGAAGAAAACAUUGGACGAACGGCUUGGCGAUAUCCAACAUCUUAGAGACAAAACUGUGCAAGUUUUGGCAAGGAAAGUGUAUAUGGAAGGCGUCGUUAAGCAAGCUUCUAAUAUGCAAUAUUGGGAGCUUUGGAAUCAUCAGAAGCUGAAUCCAGAAUUUGAACUGAAGAGACAGCAAAUACUGAAAAUAAACCAGAAUUUGAUGACUCAGAUUAUAGAACUGGAAAGGCAUUUCAAUGCCCUUGAGUUCAAUAAAUUUGGUGACAACAACAGAGUUUCUAUGAGGCGGAGAACAGUCAGUAGUUCAGAACCUUCAAGGCAAAUUCAGUCUUUGCAUAGUUUAUAUAACACAAUGAAUUCACAAUUAGCAGUGGCUAAGCAACUCUCUGAUUGCCUCUCAAAACAGAUGGCUGUGCUUAAUAUAGAGUCACCGCCCGUAAAGAAACAGAAUGUAGCAAAAGAGUUGUUUGAGUCAAUUGGCCUAGCCUAUGAUGGUGAUGGUUUUCAAUCCCCAGAUGUGCAAAAAGCUGCCCGUAGUCCAGAAUCCAUCAAGAAACUCCCAUUUUCUUCAUUUAGUGCUAUCAAGGAACAGUCCAGAAAAAAUACAUCAAGUGCUCUGAAGUGUGUUGAACCAGAAACUACAAGGAGGAGGAGAGACUCAUUGGAUAGAAGCUGGGCUAGUUUCGAGCCUCAGAAAACCACUGUAAAAAGGAUGUUGCUAGAGGAACGUUCGAGGGUCAGUAAAAACAAGUCAUCUUUUGGGAUAACCAAGCUGGCUUUUAAUUCUCAACUGGAAGAUGGAUUUUCUUUCCUUCACCAGAAGGAUCAUACGACAUUGUCAUCCUCUUCCCUGCAGGCAUCCAUAAACAAGCAACGGUCUAACAUAUAUCUAUCAAGCAAAGGCAUUCAAGGGAAACCUUCAACACAGGCCUCUGAAUCUCCUUCAGUUACUCUGUUCAAAUGGUCCAAAGACAGCACAGGAGCAUUGGAUGCUGGAGGAUUGAAAUCUCCUUCGAUGCAAGUAAUGCAGAGAGCCAAUCCUCAAGCGCUGUCAUCAGCAUCGACAUCAUCACCACUCAGCACUGUUCGGAAUAACACUAAAGAGAAUUUAGGUUCUGCUGAGCGAUCAAGCUUUGGGGCAACUUGUAUUGGGCAGUUUCAUCCUUCCUCCAUCCAAGCUGUUUCAAUUUCUGAAACAAGAUCUAGUGUCCAGUUAGAAACUCCUACUCCAGAUCAAACAGCAUCACGAAGUGUUUCUGCCGUUGUAUCCACGAGGAAUGGAUUGCCAAAAAAAGCAGCACAUGUAAAGGCUCAGGCAAGUGAGCUUUCAAAUUUAAACAGGGGAGAAAAUGUUCAGACAAAACAAACAACUGGAAGCAUGAAGCAUGGGGCAGUAAUUCCAGAAAGUCCGUUCGCUGCACCAGAAAAGGUUCAUACCUCACCGUUUGCGUCUGUGGCUGUUAUUCCGCCUUCUGCUGGUUUGAGUGGAAAAACUUUUCAAUUUGAUACACCAGUGAGCAGAACCCAGUCUGGUGACACAACAUCAGUGGCAACAUUUUCUUCAUCAUUCUCAUUAUCAACUCCGGCUUCUGCACCUCCUAUCCCACUCUCCUCAUCACUUAACACUGUAUCAGCUGCACCAUUGACGUCUCCUAACCCUGUAUCGGCUGCACCAUCCUCCUCACCUAACCUUGUGUCAACUGCAUCAUUAACAUUUCCUAACUCUGUUUUGGCUGCACCAUCCUCCUCACCUAAACUUGUAUCAACUACAUCAUUCACGUCUCCUAACCCAGUAUUGGCUGCACCAUCCUCAUCACCUAACAUUGUAUCAAGUGUGCCAUCCUCUCUACCGGCCAUGCCUUUCAGAGGACAAUUUCCAAGUACACGGCCCAGCAUGGAUACCAACAAAACAGUUCCAUCAUCAUCAUCAUCUUCUUCUUCUUCUUCUUCUUCUUCUUCCUCAACUUUCUCUUUUCAGUGGCAAAAAUCACAGGUUCCAUCUGCUAUUCAAUCCCCUUCUGAGGAUUCAGCAUUACAGGCUCCACCUUCACAACCUACAGCUGCUGAUGGUGAAAAUAAUUCAAGUUCAGGCCCAGCUCAAUCACUGGCACGUGCAGCUGAAGUUUCCUCCGGAUCAUCAUCUGGUGGCCAACCCAGUUCUUCUACCACGACUAAUAUGUUCAACCAUUUUGGUGCUGCAUCUCGUGUUUCUUUGAACUCUCAACCUGAAAACCCAUCUGCUGAACAUGUUCUGCUUCCAACACCUUCGAGCACCCCAGCUGAGGGGAAGAAUGAAGGUACAGAUGUUACUAUUACACAAGAGGAUGAGAUGGAUGAGGAAGCUCUGGACACAACUGAGCUGAGCUUGGGAUCCCUUGGUGGAUUUGGGAUUGGAUCAAGCCCUGCAUCAAAUGCAUCAAAACCCAACCCUUUUGGUGCUCCAUUUGGUUCUGCAGCCACAAAUCCUACAACCUCUCCUUUUUCUUUGACAGUUCCCAGUGGAGAGCUGUUUCGACCUGCAUCCUUGAGCUUCCCAUCUUCUACUCCUCAGUCAUCGCAACCAAUGAAUCAGGGUGCAUUUUUUGGUGGAUUUGGAAACAUGGCCACUUCUCCAUCACCAAUGGGAAGUGGGUUCGGCCAGCCAGUGCAGAUUGGAGCUGGACAGCAAGCACUGGGAUCAGUUCUUGGUGCUUUUGGACAGUCGAGGCAGCUGGGUCCUGGUUUACCAGGUGUUGGUUUUGCAUCUUCCAGUGGCUUUAAUGGGGGUGGUUUUUCAGCUGCUGCAAAGAGCGGGUCACCUGUUUCUGGCUCUGGGUUUGCCACUGUGGCUUCAACUGUUGGAGGGUUUGCCGGUGUUGCUUCUAAAGGUGGUGGGUUUGCCGCUGUUGCUUCUGGCAGUGGUGGUGGUGGUGGAGGAUUUGCAGGAGCUGCUUCAGGUGGAUUUGGGGCCUUCAGCAACCCACAAGGGAGUGGUGGCUUCUCUGCAUUUGGUGGUAGCAAUGCCAUGGGAACCGGAAAACCACCGGAACUUUUCACACAGAUGAGAAGAUAGAAGGUUUCCUACAAUAUUUGCAGUAGAAAGCCAGGUAACCAGACACUACUCUUACUUGGAAGCAAUGAUACUAAUACCCAUAUUGAUGUGUAGGGAGGUGUCUGUUUUUAUUUUUAUGGAACUGAAGCUGCAGUUUUCUUCUAAAUAUCAACUCUUCUAGUUUUGGCAGUGUGCUUGUUGUUUCUGCUUGUAUACAAAUUGGUAUCUGACUCAUUCGAGUAAAUUUUAUUUUAUUUUUUAUAAAGAAGAAGAAGAAAAGAAAAAGAGUCGAUGAUGCCAUUCCUAUGGAAGUUAUUCCAUGUAAGAUUCUUCAUGGGUUGUUUGUCUUGGUAUCUGUUGUAAUUUAAGUUAUUGUUUCAUUUACUCAAUUUAAUGGAGAGUGAUAACGAUAUGACUGGAACUUGCGUCUGA